GCUGCAGUACACACGGUUCCUCCCUCCAGCAGGAAUGCCGUCCAGCAGGUUUGAUGUGACGUGUUUCUAGAAAAACAACACCAGGAGCCAGAGGAGCCGAACUCAAGUCAAGCGCUUCAGUUUGGGAGCGCGAUCGGGAAACCUCCACGCUCCGACCGCUGGACAGAAGACCUGUGGGGUUGUUUGCUCCAGGGGACCUGAGAGUCGGACGGGUGCUCGGCGCUCCGGCCUGAAGCGCCGCAUUCAUUCCCACCGAGGCUCUUCCGCGUCCUUCUCCUCCCGGCCGGCGGUUGCAUGGCGGCCUCGGCGGCCGUGUGGAUCCCUGUGCUGUCCCUGCUGCAGCUGGCUCACGGCUCGGUCCUCUCCAGACCCGGUCCAGGAGACCCGGUGCUGCUGGACCAGCAGUCGGCGAGCAACUUCCUGUCCCGCUCGCUGCUCUACAACAGCUGGGACUUUGAGUUGGUGGUGGCCGACAGUCUGCAGAGGGAGUGCAUAGAGGAGAUGUGCAGCUACGAGGAGGCCAGGGAGGUGUUCGAGGACGACGCAAAGACGCAAAGCUUUUGGACCAGCUACAUCGACAGUCACGCAUAUUCACCCGGAGUGGACAUGCCCGGGCUGGUGGCCGGGGUCGUGGCGGUCCUCGUGUCUGUCGGCAUCGCCGUCGUGCUGGGAAUCUACUGCUACAAGAACAAGAAUAAAGGAGGACCGAGGUCGAGCCACACUCCGGUGAGGCUGGCAGCAGAUGGCCGUCCAGCCCCAGAGACGGUGCCCCUGGCUGGGAUGCUCGUCCCUCCAGGUCUACCCAGCUACAAUGAGGCUCUGCACCAAAGUGGGCAACACGAUGCCCUACCACCACCUUAUUCAGGGGGGGUGCCAUCGGAGCCUGCAGAUCCCGGAGACAACGCAUGAGGGCUGGCCGAGCCUCCUCCCUCGAGCUGCUGGUUUGAGGGAACUUUUGGAGCCUGUUUCCGACAGUAUCUACCCGUGACGUGCAGUACCGGUCCAGUAGAAGGACUCCCGGCCGGCUCUGGUGUCGGCUGGCCGCUGGUCGGUAGUCCACGACGCACGUGACUCUGAGGGUGUGGUUCAUUUGUGUGGUUAUUUGGGGAGCUACUUUUGGAGCAAUAGACACUCCGUUCAUAUCGACCGCGGGGUCUUGUUUUAUAGAAUAAAUGACAUGACAAGUA